AUGAUUAGACCUCGAAAGUUCUUCCUUUUAUCCAGAAUGGUUUUGAUGUAUGUUGGGCUGCUCCUGAUUGCAGGCCUAUUCACAAACAUUUGUAGUUUAGCUGAAUAUGUAGAUGAAGGAAUUUGCAAUCGGAGCACAAUUAUUCCACAGUGCUGUACAGGUUUUGUUUACAACGAUACUUUAAUGCAGUGCAUUGCUUGUGUCGGAAGAUUUGGUACAAAUUGCAGUCAAAGUUGUCCCCAGGGGUACUAUGGAAGACGGUGUAGUCAAACCUGUUCCUGUAAUAUCACCCUGUGUGAUAAUGUGUUAGGAUGUUCGGAAGCUGCAUCGGAUUUGGACGAAAACGGGAGAUCAUCGUUAGGACUGUUUCAACAGCUUGCGUUGUCUGGUAUAGCAAUCGUCAUAUUUGUGCUGAUGAUAAUAAUUUUGAGAGUUAUUUACGGUUGCAGAUUGCAAUCAAACACCAGGAUAAAAUUUGGUGAUGGCAAUAGUACACGAAAUGGAAUGAAUUAUGAGGGCAUGAUGGCCAGUUCCUUGGUUAGAUACUCUGAUGUUGGUCACCCAAUGACGCCACCGGAACUAGUUGUAGAACAAAAUGACGUUAUAUACGUAAAUACGAUGAUGCUUCAAAAAUUAAAUAACAAAAGAGGACAGGAUUGAAGCUGGUGAUUUUUCCUGUGUGUAUGACUAAAACUGAACAUACGUUCCGUAGGACCUAUGAAGCUUAACAUAACAUACAAUUUGAUUAGCCUUCAAUUUAUUACAUGUGUUCUGUUGUGCGUAAAAAGAAAUAAUUUUUUUGGUGGAAAUAAGGUAUUAUGAAAAUGUCAUUAUUAUGUUUGUUUCAUGAUUGUGAGUUAGAAUGUUGAAAAACGUAUUAUACUGAUUUAAUUGAAAUAUAAUUUACAUCCAA